CCUCAGGCAACAGUACAUGUCCGCCAUAAGUGCUGGUGGCUGUACGUUGGUUGAGGAGCUCGUCAUUCCGAGACCCAGUACGGCCUCAUGCAGCACUCCCCUACGGAGAUUAAGGAAAAGUUAUUGAAGGCACUCGACAGUCAUUACAAUGUUGUGGACAUGGCAGCAGUUGUCGAGGUCAUCUCCAUCCUGGAAAGGACUCCUAUUACAAAAGAUGCUCUGGAAACAACAAGACUUGGCAAAUUCAUCAAUGAGCUUCGUCGUAAAACGAAAAAUGAAAAUUUGGCCAAGAGAGCAAAGGAUCUUGUUCGUCGUUGGCGUGACAUGAUUCUCCCUACGUCUGAGCCAGCCCCACAAACCCCCCAAGCUCCUCCUGGCCAGCAAUUCAAUGGGGCUACUGGCCACAGUACAGGGCUGGCUAGUGCUGUGGCCAACAGAGUGAUAUCAAGUGGGCAUUUGAGCCCAGGUCUUCCAAUGAGGGGUAACAUCAGUCCGGGUUUACCUUCUCAUGGUAGACACCUAAACCGUAGUGCCACAGUGUCUCCUGCCAUGUCGCUGCCUUCCAGUGAUCGUAGCAAUACCAGUCCAAGACCAGUGUCACGUUCAUCAACUCCAAGACCAGGAGACCCAGUUACAAUACCUUUCAAACCAUCUGCUAGUGCACCUGCUGUAGACCCUGUUCCCAAGACUCAUGCGUCAAAUAAAAGGUUGCGGAAAGAAGAUUCACCUAUUGAAGAAAAGCCACUGAAGAAAGUUAAGAGACCUAAUGGUCUUUCCACAGAACCUACAUCUCAUGGUAUGGCCAAUUCUCUAGGAAGACCUGACAUUAUCCCCAGUAGAGAUGGUAGCAGAGGUAGUUACAGCCCUCCUAGUGAUCAUGGGUCUAAUUCUUGUGAAAUUGUAAAAACUGUGCCUUCUGAUUCCAUUAAAAAAGACUCAUCUGAACCCAAGAAAAGAGGUAGAAAAAAAGGAUCCAAGAACAAAUCCAAGGGUCUGGACUCAGUGCCAGAUUUAUCUAAAGAUGAUAUUAUGAAAACUAAAUUGUCCUCUGUAGGAAGAACUCAUAGAGUUAAAACAACUCAAGAGCUUUUGGCAGACUUACAAGCUAGAAACACAGGAUUACCAUCUGAAAAUGUGAUGCCUAAUGUGGCAGAAAAUAAAGCUAGUCUCCCCAAUUGUCUACUCCCUGGUGCAAGGGCCGAAGACAAUGAUGCUUUAGAAAUGUCCCGCAACAAGACAGAGCACAUUGCUAAGUUCCUUCGUUCACAGUCUGACCUUGAGCUCUCUAAUCAGGAAUUUCCAACAAGUAGAGAAAUGACAGAAGAUUCUAAAGAGAGACAGUUCUGUCGUGAGGAACUGGAUCCAAGUGAUGAAGUUUCUUUACCCUCUAGACUUUCCAAAGAUGUGAAAUCACCUGCUGGUAGUAAUUCAAGAGAAGCCCUCUCAGUUGAGAGACCUAUUUCAGUACAAGAAUUGCGGACAGAAAAUCGACAAUCACCUGCACAUCCAGUUAAAGGUGAUAAGACUGUAGAAGAAAUUUUAUUAAGGUUGCCACCAAUUGAUGCUGAAUCAAUUGAAUGGGAUGUUUCUGAGAGUCCUGCAGAUUCACCUCCACCCAAGACAGUGUCAGAAGAUGACGUUUGUAGACUACAUGGUGAACAUAUUGAUGGUGUUAAUGGAAUUGUGAAUCAUGGUAGACAAGACUUGAAAGAAGGUGACAUUGAUUUUAGAGAGUGGCAUGAAACAGUUUCAAGAACUUCAUAUCAGGGUGAAAUGUUACAUAUACUGCCUUAUGUAGUUAUUGAUUGAAAUUUUUGCGAGGUUCAUUUACUAGCAAUCAUGAGUUGACUUCACGUUUUUCAUUCUCUUCCAUUCGGUUUUCCUUUUUUUCCCUGUUGAAGAGAGGUACUUUUGUUGGGAGCACUCCUUGUGUGAUGUGAAUGUAGGACUCAGAACUGCAAGUAAUACAAGUUUUAAAAAAAUGUGUGCAAUUCUUUAUAUUCUGGUCUAAUAUUAAAAUUUAAUUCCAUAUUGAAAAGUAAUUGUUUUUGUAAAAACAAAUAUAAUUGUAACGUCAGUAUUCAGAGAGCUGCUGAGGUAUAUAAAAUUUCCUAGCAGUGGCAAUUCUGUCAAUUUGUUUACUUUUUUGUUUGGUUCGAAUGUGCCUUCUUUGUUUUGAUCUAAAUCGCACUUGAGAAUUAGCUUACUUACACUGGAGGACAUUAGUUUAAUCUCAAUUUGUAUUGAUGUUUGUGCAUAAUUUUGUUCUUAAGCAAUGACGAGAAUGUGUUAUUUCCAGAGCCCUGUGGAGAACAUAGUGUUUUAGACUGUCUUUGAGCUUGCCGAAACAAUAUAGUUCAUGGCAAUGUACAGAUAAAGUUUUAAUAAGGAUUAUGUUUGAGUUUUCCGCAAUGAUUUGGGUGCACAGUUGUGCUGUUUAACAAGAAAAACUUUAUUUACUCUUCAAUAUGUCUGCCUCUUUUUGUUGCAAGUUGUUGAGUAAGAGAGGUUUUCUUGGAGCACUGUAAGGCAUAAUUAUGAAAGCAUCUAAACCAUUUCUUUGUUGUAUCUAAAAUGAGGAGGGUUCAUAACUUUAAAAGUUAACCAUCGGUAAAUUUAAAAAGGAACAACAAACAUUUCAUUAGUCAAUUGGCUUAGGUAAUGAGUCCUAUGCCGGCUGGCCGGCAGUUUUCUCAUUACUAUUUGUGAUGUUGUGAAAGAGUGCAAACCGUACUUCCAGCACUUUAUGGCUACUUUCUUACAUCUUGGCUGGCAGCUCAAUUCUUCAUUUUGUCUUGUCACUAAAUUGUAAGGAUCUUAGGGGUUUUAUUUCCAAUUAUGGUGUGAGCUGUCUCUCCCUGGACUCUAUUCCUAUUUCUUGUUUUUGUGUUGUUUUGUUUUGAAGUUUUAGGUCUAGCCUCCAGAUCAAACUUGUCUCUUGUGCCUUGAACACCUUAUAAAAAUAGGGAAAGAACAUCAUCCAGAUAGCUGGAGAUGAGAACUUUUUAUCAAUCUGUGAUAUUUCAACUGAUUUGUCUCGUAUUAAGCCACUAGCUCAUUUCUCUCAACUACAUCUUUUAGUUGACCUACAAGACCAAAACAACUGAAAGGUAUUGAGCUGUUGAGCCUUUGAGUUGUAUUGCCUGUGGCAAAUGUGCCAUCGCAUAUGAUUAUUAGUGAAUAUUUUGGGAUUUUGGAUUAUGUUAAUGUCACAUGUUCAAUGUCUAACAGUUGGUACUUUUCAAUACCCUAUGUUGAUGAACCAGUACUUGCAUUCUCUGUUAAAUUAACUCAGCCCUGCUCCAACAGCAGCUUUUUGUAUCUUGUUGAAUUCAUGUUGUUAUGUGUAGCUUUAUUCUUGUCAGAUUGAUAUGAUAAUUUUAUACUUACUUCCAUGUUGUAUA